AAAUAAUAAUGACAUGUCAUUUCUAAAACUAUCAGAAUUAGAACAUUUGGCUACACUGCUAAAGUAUGUGGGUGUUAUAAAAUUGGUACAUCGUAUAAUUUUAUGAAUAUAAAUAAUGGCAGUUAAAGAAAAGCAAACAGAUACUUCUACUGAUGAAAUAGAAUGGAAUAUUGAAAAUGAAAUUCAAUUAUUUUUUGCUAUGAAUGGUCAUAAACCCGUUGGUAUUAAUAAAUAUUUUCACAUGGUUUGCAUAUGGGAAAAAUUUCGUGCUGCAAUUCACAAGGAUGUAUCAUUAAAAACAAUUUGGGAACAUUUAGAAUCAAUGUAUGAUCUAAUGGCUCUGGAUGAUAUGGAAGAUUUACCAUUUCCCAGUCAAGAGAUAGAUUUUUCUUUACCAGAACAAGAAUUUUUGGGACCAAUUAAAUCUCGAAAGAGAGAAGAACCAGAAUUAAAGCUAAAAGAACAAAGAGAUAAAUUUAAAGAACUUAAGAAAGAAAAAGAUUUUAAGGAUAUUAUGAAAAAAGAUACUGUUCUUCGUGAUCUUAAAGGAAGUAAAGAUAUUGAUAAAAAAAAGGAAGAAUUUAAAAAAUAUGUAAAAGACAUAGAACUCAAAAAAGAUAAACUCAGAGAAAUUAAAGAUAUUAGGAAAGACUAUAAAUCUCCUAAAGGACGAUCAAAGGGAAAAGAUGAUGUUGAAGAAAUAGCUUCAAAUGGUAAAAAAGAACGUAAAGAUUCUGAUUCUGGUCGAGAAAGCUUAAAAAGAGGUCCAAAACGACCAACAAGACAAAGUGUGGAUUGCACAACUAAAGCAUCCUCUAGUCCACGUGAUACACCUCCACCAAAACGAAGGAGAAUAUAACAAUUUGUUUUAAGUUAUUAUAUGUACAUUAUAUAAACAUUGUUUGAAUUUUAAUAUAUGAAUAAAAUGUGAAUCGUGUAUUUUUCUGUACAUGAAACACAUGAUAACUAA